AUGGUUCCUCGUCCUGACGUCAGGGAGAGAGAAAAUCCUGAAGAGGGCCUUGCCGACUUUUUCCGUAGGGACCCCCCUCCAGGGAAUUUUAUGUCGAUACCCGACGAUGUGAGCGUUUAUUCAGUCCAUAAGAAAUGGGAUAUGUUUAAGGUCUUUGGGAAAAGGCGAAAGAGUCGAAAGCGCCAACCACCGAUUAUUAGACUUCCGGAUACAGCUAUUUCUGCUAGAACUAUUAGCGGUCACCGAUACAUCGCCAUAUCGGUUCCUUCCGGUAAUUCGCAUUCUGAAUCAAUUCCUACCCAGGAACAUUCAACACUAGGGUCUAUUGGGGCAAAGUCUCGCCAGGGAAUUGGAUCAGAACAUAGUCCGACGUCUGGUCAUAAUAUCCAGGUCCAGAGGCCUGUAACUAGGGAUCGUGAAUCACAAUCCUCAGUAUCGCUGGCGCCAAUGUCAUCGAGGCAACCAGAGGCAUUCACCUUGCUUGCGCCUCCUCCUAGAAAGGUGUCUGUACUUUCAACGGUACCAUCGCAAGAAGAAACCCAUUCUGCAAAGGGAAAGGAGCCAGAUAGGCAGAAUAAGCUCGAGAGCAGUAUAUUGAGUAAAUUACCGAUAAGUCCUUUGGGGGCUAGGAGAACGACAUCUAUUGCCGAACAAGCAUCUAGGGUGCUUACAAGAAGCUUAGAACAAGAAAGUGAGCAUCAGAUGAAGGCGCCAAACCUUGGACAACUUGAAAUUGGGACAGUCCCUCAGAUAGUUGAAAGCCCACCUCAGAAACAGACUAUGCAAGAAUCUGAGCAGAAGCAACUAGGACCAACUAGCGAUAGCUCUAUGGCGAGAGACAGGUUUAGGAAAGCCGAAAAAUCUCAUCUUAUUCCACGUAUUCUCUCGGCGAAUCUGUUAUCCAUACCAGCUUUGCCGGUACGAACUUCCAGCAAAAGAGCAGUAACAACAACAAAAACAUCUGAGCCUAGUGGUAUUGACAAUGAUGCUGUUGGUAGACCGGCACUGAUCAGUAGAGCUACCACUGGUUCUAACGGCGGCGGCAGCGGAAAUGGGGUUGCAACCGGACCUCGUGGGUCGUUUGCUGAGAGUUUAAUGACGGAAUCUUCACCAAAGGUGUUAAAAGCAGAGACAGCCACGGCAUACCAAUCCGUCCCUAUAGUAGUUCGUCCGUCUUCGAGGCCUGAGAUUGACUCUCCCCUGAAUCUGAACUUCCCCUCUCCACCUACAAACAGAGUUAAUCGCUCGGUGCAGGCGAAUAUUUUACCUCCCGCCACAUCUGAAGAAGCUACGAGUCGCAAGGAUCGUGUUAGGGAGCGAAAGAAAAGGGAUAUGGAGAAGUUAAAGACCCAGAUGUAUCGACCUCCAGCGUCACGUCUUCUCCGGGUUGAGCCACAAGCCGAAAAUGUCUGGCCAGAGUCUCCGGUGCUUGGCCGGUUUAACCCAGACCUAGGUUUGCCGCCUUCUAGGCCGUAUUUAACAGGGAAAAUGUCAGAUAUCGGCCCUAUCAGACCUGGUAUUCAACUAAAAUCACCUUACUUAUCAGCAGAGACUGUUGCGAAGAAGCGACGUGGGAGAAGUAUCAGUGUCCCGAUACUAACUAGUUUAUCCUCUCCAUCCUCCCCCUUAGACUCCUUUAGAGCACCUUGGGAGGAUAACACAUCUUACUAUCGCCGAAGAGAACGGCAGGCAGAACACGAAGAGGCAGCAGCAAGGAGGACACGAUAUGCAGCUCACGCACUGGCGGAGCAAAAGGAGACCUAUGAAUGGGUGAUGCGACAGAAGCUUCUAAGACGAUACGAAAAGCUAAAGGAAAGUCGUACAAAAGACUUAGAGAAACGACUGCGUCGCGUAGAACGGAACGGGGAGGUCCUCAUGCAGACUUUGGUAUCUCUGAUGGAAACUCUUAACACAUUGUUGCAAGACCGACGCGCCUUACAACGCAGUGUUUCCUCGGCAUAUCCUGAACAUUCGCAGCAUCAAAAAUUAACCAAGGGACGCGCUCAACCCUUAAGGUCUGUACGCAGCUUCGACAAUUCGAUCCCAACGCUAUGGCCACAGCAGAGCAGAGGAAGGGAAGAGAGCGGCGAGGUGGACACCCGCGUACGUCAGUCGACAUUAGAAGCACUACAGGCGCAGUUGCAAUCCCAAUCUCGAUUUCCUCGUAGCACUCGAGCCCAAGGGCUUUCGAGCUACUCUAGCAGUAUUAGCAAUACUCAUAGCGACGAAGCAAGUAGCCUCGAGAUCAUGGAGCCGCUUAUGCGCGAACUCCAGGAAGCAGCAGGGUACGGCGUCGAGCGACGCCAGGGGGGAGAACGUGUGGAAGAGGGUAGGGCGCCUCUUAGCGAGAGCGAGGUCUUUAAUCUUUUCUGA